GGUGCAGUCUGUUCGGCCGUCUUCCGGCGCAUUCAUUGCACUGAAUACCCAGCUGUCCAACACAAACCUCGACUUCGUGCCACCAAAUAACAAGAUCCGCAGAGCAAUGAAUCAUUGCAUUGACAACAUACUCGACACCGACCACGACAUCGCCGAACACUGAACAUUCAAACACUGUGACAACAUCCGCGAUCAUGGCAUCUCGCCAGUAGAGAAAACAUGGCCCUCUCCACAAGAUCGCGCAGUUCCACGAACCUGCAGUCGCCCGAUAUUCCGAGUCAUAGUCGCACGCGAGCCACGAUAGCACAGCCCGGUUGAAGCCACUCAUCUUCGAGAUCACGGUCCAAUACCAAAGAUUUCACCACAUCCACCAGUAGCCAUGUCGGAGCAGCAAAAGCCAGAGCAGAAGCCCGCCGCGGCAGCCACACCCGCAGCUGCAGCUGCGUCUACGUCUACAGAGGAAAAGAUUUCUCCUGCGGAAGCAAAGAAGAGGGCGAAAGCUGAAAAGCAGGCAAGGAGGGCGGCGGAAAAGGAAGAGAAAGGCCUACCAGCUGUGACAGCGCCGCUUCCGAGCGCCCCAAGCGCCGCGAACGGCGAGGUCAAGGGAGGUCAGCAAAAGAAGGCCGGAACUCCAAAGCAGAACGAUACUGGAAAGAAGCCCAGUGGUGCACAAGCAGGCUCACUGCCGGUCCGCGCGCGCAGAGCGUCACAACCAGCCAGUAGUGCUACGCCGCCUAAGCUUGCAGUGAAGAAAGCGGAGAACAAACAAGUCGAGCUCUUUUCACAUCUGUACACGCAGCCACGCCGGCAGAAUCUCGAAAAUGUUCCGAAAGAUGUCCAUCCUGCGGUUCUCGCCCUGGGCCUACAGAUCUCCUCGUACGAAAUCUGCGGCUCUUCAGCCCGUUGCGUGGCCAUGCUGCAAGCCUUCAAGGACGCCAUCCAGACAUAUACCACGCCGGUCGGAACAUCACUCGCUCGGCAUCUCACGUCUCACUACCUCUCCCCACAAAUCGACUUCCUCAAGUCCUGCCGCCCCAUCUCCGAGUCUAUGGGCAAUGCGAUCCGAUGGCUAAAGAAGCUCAUCGUUGAGAUCGAUCCAGCCACGCCCGAACAAGAAGCGAAAGACUACCUCUCCGAAUCAAUCGACAAAUUCAUUCAGGAACGCAUCACCGUCACCGAUCAAGCCAUCGCUGCAUCCGCUUCCUCGCUAAUCAAGUCAGGCUCCGUUGUACUCACCUAUGCCAAAUCUGCAAUCGUGGAGAAGACCAUUCUACAGGCUCACGCGGACGGGACUUCUUUCCGCGUCCUCGUUGUCGAUUCUCGUCCUUUGUACGAAGGCAAGAACCUCGCCCACACCUUGAUGAAUGCUGGCGUGCAGGUCGAGUAUCUGCCAUUUUCGGGUAUUGCGCACGCCGUCAAGGACGCAACUUUGGUCUUACUCGGCGCACACUCGAUGUUGUCGAAUGGCCGACUUAUGUCGCGUGUCGGGACGGCGAGUGUGGCGAUUGCGGCGCAUAAAGCCGAUGUCCCGGUCAUUGUAUGCUGCGAGUCCGUCAAGUUUAGCGGCAAGGUCGCGCUGGAUAGUAUUGUGCUCAACGAAGUGGCGCCGGCGGAGGAGCUUCUUCUCGCACCCUCACUAGCUCCGACUCCAGCUACGGAACCCGGAAAGAAAGACGACACCGACGGCGAGGAGAAGACGAGAAAGACGUUGCAUGAUUGGAAGGACAUUCCGAAUCUGAGAAUCUUGAAUCUCAUGUACGAUGUUACGCCGGCUGAAUGUUUGCGCAUGGUUAUCUGCGAGUAUGGCAACGUGCCUCCGAGUUCAGUGCCGGUUGUGCAUCGCUUGGCAAAUGAGGGCAUGUAAUGGAGGAGAUCGGGCUAGGUUUGGAAGCAUGUAUGAUCUGAAGAAUGAAAGUGGGAGAACAAUGCCGGUCUUCAAAUUCCUGAAGCACUCCGGCCACGAAUCGCUGAAUUGAAUCUACAUUGGUU